CUACACCGCGAGCACAGAGCCUGCCGGACCCGAUACACGCCAUAGUACAAACUAUUAUGAACUUACGGUCACUUAGCAUGAUUUUUUCUCUAACAUUAUCACUAGUCUUCUUUCGUCAGCUGAUCUUCAAAACUUUGGAGAGGGAACUUCGGAGGUCGGUGCUCACCAAACACCGCGAACAAUCAACGUUGAGCCUCUCAAGAACAACAACAACAACAGCCCUUAAAAUGUAAACAUUGCGCGCUGUAGUGAUAAGAAUUCGUUCAAUUUGUUUCACAUAGUAAAGUGUAAAAUUGUACAGAAAUUGAUUUUUUUUGGUAAUAAUUGUGCUCCGAGCGAAUAUUCUGCAAAAUGAGUAAUUCUUCAAGUUCCCAGGGCCAUGACAGCUCAUCUCAUCGAUGGAAUCAUUUGAAGAAAGUACUGGAAAGACCUGGACCCUUUUGCCAUCCAGAAUUUGAAUGCAGCCCUGAAACUCUUAAUUUUUUGAUGUCAUCUUGCAAAAUUUUAGUCGUUGGAGCUGGCGGUCUAGGAUGUGAGCUUUUGAAGAACUUAGCGAUGAUGGGUUUCAAGCACAUUCAUGUUAUUGAUAUGGACACUAUUGAUCUAUCCAACUUGAAUCGGCAAUUUCUUUUUCGUCAGAAAGACAUAGGUUCUUCAAAAGCAGAAGUUGCAGCUAAAUUUAUCAAUGCUCGAGUACCAGGCUGCAAUGUAGUGCCCCAUUUUUGUAAAAUUCAAGAUUUUGACUCUGAUUUCUACAGGCAGUUUCAUAUUGUUGUGUGUGGCUUAGAUUCAAUUAUUGCCAGGCGUUGGAUCAAUGGAAUGUUAGUAUCUUUACUCUCCUAUGAUGAUAAUGAAGAGCUAGAUCCAUCAUCGAUUAUACCCAUGAUUGAUGGUGGCACUGAAGGAUUCAAAGGAAGUGCCCGUGUAAUUUUGCCUGGAAUGUCCGCCUGUGUUGAUUGUACUCUCGAUCUAUAUCCUCCUCAGGUUGUGUAUCCUCUUUGCACCAUUGCUAGCACACCACGACUACCAGAGCAUUGUAUUGAGUACGUCAAAGUAAUCCAGUGGCCUAAGGAAAACCCUUUUGAUGCAUCCAUAGAUGGUGAUGACCCAACUCAUCUCAACUGGAUCUUUGAAAAAGCCAGCGAGAGGGCAACUCAAUAUGGUAUAUUGGGAGUCACAUAUCGACUUGUUCAAGGCGUUGUCAAGAACAUUAUUCCAGCUGUUGCUUCAACCAAUGCUGUCGUAGCUGCUGCCUGUGCUACUGAAGUUUUCAAGAUGGCCACAAGUUGUUGUAAACCCUUGAACAAUUUCAUGAUUUUUAAUGAUAUCGAUGGUAUUUACACAUAUUUAUAUGAAGCUGAGAAAAAUGAGAACUGUCUAGCUUGUAAACCUAGCUCUAUACCUAAGUAUUUAAAACUAACAUCUAAUGAAAUGAAAUUACAAGAGUUGAUUCAACUUCUGAUGGAUAGUCCUACAUUCCGUAUGAAAAAUCCUGGAUUAGCAGUAAAUAUUGAAGGCAAAAAUCGUACACUUUACAUGUCAACUGUGCCAAGUAUAGAAGUGAAGACCCGUGAAAAUUUAAAAAAGAAACUAAGUGAAUUGGAUAUUCAUGAUGGAACAAAAAUUAUGAUCGCUGAUGCUACAACUCCAAACACGAUAGAAAUUGUCUUAAGUAUUCCCACUUUCAUGGAAAUGUCAAAUGAAUAGUAAUUUCUUUCCAAAAUCUUUACCAAGCACUGGCUCAUCCUUUUUAACUGUAAAAUAUGUCUCAAAGAUUUUAAAAUAAUCCAUCGUAAAUUUGAUUUUUAUGCAGGUUUCUCAAAAUCCACCUGGCCUAAUUAGCAUUAGCUAAGGAGUCAAUGCUUUGUCAAACUAAUGACAAUUUUUUCUAAACCUUUUUCCUUUUCGUAUCAAAAGAUGCUUACCAACCAUUGUUUUAUUUAUUUUUUUUUUUAUUUAUUUCUUUGAAAAAAUAACAUGAUUGAAACAUAAAUCA